AUAACUUCUACAGUAGGUUACAUUACACUGCUUGUGUAAAAAAUCAUUUACAAUGUCAAUGGAUAUAGAUAAACCCUUAAUACAAUAGAGGAUCUGAAGCGAGUUCUCAUGUUUCUUAGCCUCUCAUCCUAUAGUGAACUUUGCCUUGUAUACACAACUGGAUUUUCAUCUUUGCUUCUGUCAAAUGCAUAGGAGGUGGGAACACCCUAUUAAAAUGAAUAAACUAGUUUAAAUUGCAAACUGCUAAGUGAUUAUUACUAACACAGUUUUGUUGUUGUUGAUUAGCAACAUUGUAAAAGAAGAGAGUUCAAUUCACUAGACCUCAAGCUUCCCAAGGUUCCACGUGUGGAGAAAAGGGCCUCGUCUUCGCAAAGUAAAUUAUCAUCACCAGAUAUGCACAUUGCAGAAGUGGGAGGCAAGAGAAGAACUGGAGCUGGACGAGAUUUGAUGCUGUCGAAUUCUACUACUCACUCUUCAAUCACCUCUUGUCGUUUGUAUGAGACAUCUGGUUAUGCUAGGAAACGAGGAGAAACCCGAAAGAGUAAACUAUCUGCCUCUGUCUCGUGCACGAAGACUCCAACAAGAUCAUCUACACAGAGUAAAAGGUUUGAAAAUCUUAGUUCCUCAACGGAAAUUCAUUGUUCCUCUAAGUCCUUGAAAUCGUCAUCUUCAACUUCUAGCACCAACCAAGCUCGUGGUGAUUCGGAUCAUCGUCUUAAUAUGACAUUUGGACCAACUCAGAAUUUAUGGUCUCCAAGUCAAGUUACUGGACCUAUUGCUUCAGUGCCAAGGAAGAAUUCUCAACCAUCUGGUCUUUGUAUGCCAUCGCCAAAAUUUGGCUUCUUUGAUGAGGAUAUGUCAGUGGUGAGAACUUUCAAUGGAAAUUCGAAUCAAGCACAUAAGCAGGGAAAGUCGUCAAGUUUAGAUAAGGGCAAAAGUGCGGAAGCAUCAACUAAAGUUAAACGAGCUAGAAGUCCGCUAUGCACUGACAAUGUAAACCGAGGUCUAAUGAGAACAAGACUACUCCCAAGUCCAAAAGUCGAGCUCCCAUAUAUGCGAAAAGGUGGCUUGGACAAAUCUAUGGAAAUUGACAGAAAAGUUUGCUCAAAGUUGAGGAAAGUUGGUGCAGGAGAACAUGACAGAAAAAAAGUUGGACUAGUAAAUGAGAUAGUAAAGACUAAGCUAGAAAGAGAGAAAAUGGUUACAAAAUAUGCCAAGGGAAUCAGCACUACAACAACAAAUACGCCUCAAGCCCAAGCAAGUAGGGGUCGGCUGUAUGAAUCCUCACUGUCCAUGCCGCUCCAUUUAAGCCCGUUCGAUCAGGAGAAGGGGAUUACUAGCACUUCAAAAUCAAGAAAGCAAGAAAAUGAAGUUAAUGAUUUGAGUAGAUACUUGGAGCUCAUUGAUUUUCAUGAUGGAGCAGAAACACAGCUUAAACAGAGAAAGAGUUUUCCUCAUAUGAGAACUCCAUUGGUUGAGAAAAAAUCUGUUUGCAACAGAAGUGUAGCUCUGAGAUCAGGUAUGGUUAAGGACAGGGAGUCAUCUUUGCUUUCUUCAAAAGGAACAGACAAAGAGAAUAAUUGAGCACCAUACAAAUCUAUAUUGCUCGACUCUCCGAAAAUGUUGCCACACCGUGUUGGAUCCUCAAAAACGGCAAUACUUUUAGAGGAUCCGACACGCAUCGAACGACAUGUUUGAAGAGUCUGAACAACAUAGAUGCAAAUCAUUGAUGGAUGCUUAUGUUGUCUGCCAAAAUGCUAGUCCUUAAGUUCUUGAUAGACAUCAUUUUGUUUUAAUGCAUAAUUGUUUAACUCUUCGCAUAUGUGUGAAAGCAGACACUAGCAUGAGUUGGCCAUUGAUCAACCAAAUGGGGCAAUAGGCAUUCAUUUCUAUUGUUAUCAUACAUGUCAAAAGCCACAUUUUGGUCAUUGCGUGACAAACUUUCGUACCAUGGAUAUUAGUUUUUUUUUUUUUUUUUAAAAAAAAAUCAAUAUUACUAGCAAAUGAAAUAAAUGUUACCACCUCUAUCCUGGAAAAAAUGAAGGUACAGUGUAUCGGAUUCAAUGUGUCAUUUUUUUUAUUU